AUGGUUAGAGAUUUUCCAGCUUGUGUGAUUCAACCUAAGUGCCUCCUUCUCUUCAUUGUCUUGGCUGUUUUUCUCAUCUUUGCUUUUACCAAUCCUAGAAAGAAUAAUUUGGAUCCAGACUUGUGGGUUUUACUUGAUUUGGGAUGUUAUGAUUUAGGUUUUGUUUUUGAGGAUGAAGUGAAGGUAGAGGAACAGGAGUAUGAGAUAACACAUAGAGUAUACUUGGAUAUCGAUAUCGACGAGCAACGUCAGGGUAGAAUUGUUAUUGGAUUAUAUGGCGAGGUCGUGCCAAAAACUGUUGAAAAUUUCAGGGCUUUAUGCAAAGGGGGAAAGGGUAAGGGUGCAAGUGGGAAACCCCUCCAUUAUAAGGGAACACCUUUUCAUCGCAUAAUAUCUGGGUUCAUGAUUCAAGGUGGUGACAUCGUUUACGGUGAUGGGAGGGGAAGCGAUUCUAUAUAUGGCAGUAUCUUUCCUGAUGAAAAUUUUAAGAUAAAACAUUCACAUGCAGGAGUUGUUUCCAUGGUGAAUUCGGGACCAAAUUCCAACGGCUCUCAGUUUUUCAUCACCACCAUCAAGGCUAGCUGGUUGGAUGGAGAGCAUGUUGUUUUUGGAAAGGUUAUCCAAGGCAUGGAUACUGUUUAUGCAAUUGAAGGGGGAGCAGGAACCUACAGUGGAAAACCCAGAAAGAAAGUAGUUAUUGCUGACUCGGGAGAGAUACCUAAGGACAAGUGGGAUGAGGAAAGAUGA